AAGAAUGAUCAAUACACUCAACAGCGAGAUGAGCAAGCCGUUAUGAAACUUCUUAGAUUUAUAUUUCUAGGAUUUUUCAAUUAUGUAUCGAUUAAUGACUCCUAUGAAAAAAAACUAACAGAGUUCCUAACAGCAAAAGGGGUGCUAAUAACAGAUGAAGAGGAUAUGAGAAAUUUAAAAUGUCUUUUGCUUUUAUUGACGAGCUAA